AUGGAAACUUUGAGGCCACAAAUGAACAACAAUAGCGCUGAACCACUAAACAACGAAGACAAGGCUUUGAUUAAAGCCUUGGUGCCCCUCCUGGAUGGCUUGAUUCUUGUGACUGGACUUGUGGGCCAAACUCUGAUCAUCAUGAUACUGACUGGAAGGAGGAAGAAAGGAAACCAACCCCCCCACGGUACCGACACCCUGCUGCUGGCCCUGAGCACUGCAGACCUGCUGCUGCUGCUCUGCCUGCCCUUCAACACCUCCGCCAUCACUCUGGGUUUCUGGCCGUUUGGCUCCUUCAUGUGCAAAGCCGUCAGCUUCCUCUGCGUGGCGUGCUCAGCCGCCUCGGUGUUCACCCUGGCGGCUUUGGCCGUGACGCGUUACCUCACGGUGGUGCACCCCACCUGGGCCUACCGGGCCAGGAUGGACAGACGCAUUAAGGUGACGGUAGCUCUGCUUUGGGCUCCCGCCUCGGCUUUGGCGGCGCCACAGUUUGCCUUCCGCACAACUACUUUUGCCGACACCGUAUACUGCUUCGCCUUCCUGUCUGACGUCAGCCAGAUGGUUUACAGCAUCGCCCUUUUCCUCUUCGGCUUCGCUCUCCCCCUGGCCGUCAUUGUGCUGAUGUACACCAAGAUCUACUUGUUUCUCCGACACGCCCGGCAGGUGGGGAACGCUCUGCAGCUGGAACGCUAUCAGCGCCAGGUCACCCACACGUCGGCUCUGCUGGUGGCGGUCUUCACUCUGCUGUGGCUGCCCUCCUACGCCCUCAUGUUCUCCAUCAUCGGAGGGACUUUAACCGCCUCGCCGGGCUACAACACCAUCGCCCUGCUGGCCAGGCUGCUGUCUUCCUCGGUGGCAGUGGUCAACCCCGUGCUGUACGGCUUUAUCUCGCAGAAGUUUAGGCGAGACUUAUUACGGCUGGGGAGAGGAUGCUGGACGUGGUGCCGAAGCAAUCGGAUCGGCUGCCCUUGUGCGGUGAGCAGGGACACGGUACAGCCCUUCCAGCUGGAGACGACCUCAGAGAGAGCUCAAAACUGACUGAACCCACAA